AUGGCUUCAGAUAAAACACUGCCUUCAGCAGAGAUCACAUCUGCCCCUACUCCAUCCAAGGCCCAAUAUCUAUCAGGAUGGAAACUUGGCAUCGUGAUACUAUCACUUUUUCUUGGUGUGUUUGUCAUCUCACUGGAUUCAAGCAUUAUUGGUGUCGUGAUUCCCUCCAUUUCCUCUCACUUUCAGGCUCUCGAUGAUGUCGCCUGGUACGGGAGCGCGUACCUACUCACUAUCACCGCAUUUCAGCCUCUCUAUGGGAGUAUGUAUAAAUACUUCAAUGUCGAGGUCAUUUUCCGAACUUGUCUAGUGGUGUUUGAAGUGGGUUCGAUCCUCUGUGCUGCAGCCGUCAGCUCGCGGAUGUUUAUCGUCGGUCGAGCCAUUGCAGGAAUGGGAGCAGCCGGCAUCCUGCAAGGUGCCCUUAGCAUUAUCAGCAUGACAGUUGUGAUGGAAAAGCGACCGCUCUAUCAGGGCGUUGUCAUUAGCGUCUUUGUCAUCUCUGUGUGCAUUGGGCCGGUUAUUGGCGGUGCCUUCACCACUCACGGCAUUUGGCGCUGGUGCUUUUGGAUAAACGUGCCCAUUGGGGCGAUAACAUUCGUUCUUUUGAUUUUUGUGCUGCGGAUACAAGGCAGCAAAAACAAGAAUAGAUCCCUGGCGGUCAGCGAAAAGCUUCGGCGUCUGGAUCCAAUUGGCUGCCUGGUAUUCAUGGCGGCCGUCUGCUGUUUGUUGCUGGCCCUGCAGUGGGGAGGCCAAACGAAGCCUUGGCGUUCAGCAACUGUGAUUGGACUCUUUACAGGAGCCGGCCUGCUGUUGAUCCUAUUCGUCUUGAUUCAAAUCUGGCGUGGAGAAGAUGCGUUGAUACCAUUGCGCGUACUUCGGCAACGGUCUAUCUGGACUGGCGGGGGCGUUCUUUUCUGCCUUGGGGCAGCGACCUAUGCUGUCACAUACUACAUGCCGUUCUAUUUUCAGGCCACCAAGGGCACCAACGCUAUCCAAAGUGGUGUGGACUUGAUUGCUGUGUUUCUUCCGGAAAUGGUUGCCCUUAUCGCGACAAGUGGGAUUGUGACCCAAUGGGGCCAUUAUGUCCCGUACAUGAUUGUAGGGGAGCUAAUCUGUGUAGCGGGGACGGUGCUUAUCUCCAGGGUCCAAACCGACUCCCCGCGCAUAUUUUGGGCAGCAGCACUCGUGGUCCAUGGAACGGGCAUGGGGGUGGCUAUGCAGCUGCCAUACACAGCUGUUAAUCUGGUCCUGCAUGAUGACGACAUACCCACAGGCAAUGCUAUCGCAGUCUUUUUAUGGCAACUGGGCGGGGCCCUAGCGAUCGCCAUUGGCCAGACCAUUGCACUAAACAACAUACUUCAUGAGGUACCUCUUCAAGUUCCUGAGCUUUCUCCUGAGCGAGUGAUGUCCUGGGGUGCGGCAAAUCUUGCUGCCCUUGCUCCAUCAGCCGAUGCAUUGCACAAACUUCGGGAAAUCUGGUGCACCUCUGUGUCGCAUGUGAUGCUCUUUGCAGUAGGCUGUGUCUGCGCCUCUGUGCUAUGCACUUGCGGGAUGGAGCCGCUCAAUGCCAAACGGGUGGCACAGCAGAGAGAACAGGCUGUAGACGAGGAAGAAGACGGGGUAAGCACAGCGAACGGGACCAAGCCUUAA